GCUAUUUUAAUGAUCCGACCCGUUUUCAUGUAAGGGUUUGCUCGGCGUUGGCUCCCCUUCCCCUCUGCUCCCAUGGCCGUGAGAAGAGCAGCAGCUGCGGCUUCCACUUCCCUCAUCUCUUCUUCCUCCAGAUCCAACCUUUUCUCGACUGCUCUUCUCACAAGCCUCCUCCCUCACCUCUCUCCCCAAACCCCUUCUCCAACCUCUCCUCUUCCACGUCCUUUCCGCAUCCCCUUGCCCCCAAAAUGCCCCCUUUUCCGCCGCAUCCAAACCCUUCCCCAAAUCCCACCACCUCCUCAUCCUACUCCUACCCUUCAAUCCGCCGCCACUUCUGCAGAAGUCAUCGCCGUCAUCGAGGCGAUGGAUUCCUCCCUCGACGAGCACGACGAGAGGCUCGGCGCUGCCUGCUUCGAGGCGGCCGAGCGGCUGGAUUCCAUAGGGCACCAGGACCUCGACAGAGCCCUCGCCUUUGCCUUCCGAGCGCUGCAAUUCUUCGAGAGGAAGGACGGCGGGUGGUCGGUCUCGGUCGCCAAAGUCCUGCGAUUGAUGGGCUCCAUCAGCUGCAAGAUGAUGAGGUUCAACGAUAGCCUGGAGUCGUUAAACACCGCAGCUCAUAUUCUCGAUGCACUAAGGCGAGAAAAUUCCAGGGACGAUGAUGCUCUUAAAGCUAGCGUCGCUGUUCAGCUCCAGCUCUCGAGUACUAAGACUGCUAUGGGCCGAAGGCGGGAGGCUUUGAUCAAUCUACGGAAGUCUUUGGACCUUAAACGGUCAAUUUUGGAGCAUACUUCUAGGGAAAUGGGUGCCGCCUAUAAGGAUUUGGCGGAGGCUUAUGUUGUCGUUUUGGAUUUUGAUGAGGCUUUGCCGUUGGCUUUGAGGGCACUUGAGAUAUAUGGUGAACAAUUUGGGGAGUACUCAGCAGAAGUCGUCCAGAUUAGGCGGCUUCUUGGUGUUAUUUAUACUGGGUUGGGAGAGAAUGAUGAGGCAUUGGAGCAGAAUGAGCUUUCAAGAAGGGUCUUGGAAAGUUUAAGCUUGGAUGAAGAAUUGCUUCAGGUGGGAAUUGAUGCGGCUAACAUACUGAUCGAACUAGGUAGGCUGGAUCAAGCGAUCAGCUACCUGAAGUGGGUGAUUCAAAAGACUGACAAGGAAUGUGAGACAAGAGCAUCAGUGCUCAUCUCGAUGGCUCAGGCCUUGUGUAAUCAGGAGAAGUUUGGUGAUUCUAGAAGGUGCUUGGAAAUUGCUAGUGGUAUUCUUGACAAGAAGGAGUUAGUGUCUCCCACAAAGGUUUCUGAAGCUUAUGCAGAGAUAUCUUUGAUAUAUGAGACAAUGAAUGACUUUGAGAUUGCUUUGUCUUUGAUGAAGAAGGCUCUUGCUAUUCUUCAGGAACUUCCACAGGUACAGCAUCUGGAGGGAAGCAUCUCGAUGAGAAUUGGAUGGUUGCUUCUCUUGACAAAGAGGGUUCCCCAAUCCAUUCCCUACUUGGAAAGUGCAGCUGAGAAGCUAAAAGACUGCUUUGGUCCAAAACAUUUUGGGUUGGGAUUUGUGUAUAAGCAUUUGGGACAAGCAUAUUUGGACAUGGAUCACCCACAGUCUGCUGCUAAGGUGCUAGUUCUUGCAAAGGACAUCAUUGAUGAGUCUUUUGGGCUACAGCAUGAGGACGCAAUUGAUACAUGCCAGUGCCUUGCCAAUGCUUAUGGUGCCAUGGGAAGUUAUGCUCUUGCAAUGGAGGUCCAACAAUGCGUAAUAGAUGCAUGGGAAAACCAUGGGCCCAGUGCCAAGGAUGAAACUAGAGAAGCUCACCGCCUUUUAGAGCAGUUAAAGAAAAAGGCCCGAGGGUCACCUGCUGCAGUAUUUCCUGCAAACAGUCUGCCAUUGCUUCCACAAAAUUAAUGUUGACUCCACCAAACUCAUGCAAUCUUGUCAGUCUACAUCAUCGAGGCUCAUCUUCAAAACCAACAUUCAAGUUCAAUGAUUGCAGUUUCUCCUUCAAGCACAGGAAAGUGCCGUGAAACUCUGUUGUUCCUUGGUAUCCUAAAUUCACCAGAAUUAUCAAUACAAGGACUCAAAAAAUGAGUAGGGAUCUUUUCAAGUACACUUGGUAUGACUUGUUUGUAACACAAAAUUCAUGGUUGAGCAGAAGUGUGAUCUAUCUCAUUGUUUACUAUAUCCAUUUAGUUAAAAACUAGGCCAUGAGUUGGUAGCACUGAAUCAAACCAUCCCCCUCUGUCUCACAGUUAGUAUCAGUACUAUCUUUGGACUUUUCCCCAUGUUGAUUUCAUUCUUUGCUCGAUUGGAUUCCCAUACCUAACACUAAUCAUAAUUUUACAGGUUAGAGAACAAGAUUACUAGGAGGAGAAACAAUUAUUGUCGUUCCUUGCAGCCAUAAAUGAAGGUUCCGUUUGGUUAGUAGUUCUGUUAUUUUCUAGAUUCAGAGUUCUUUUGUGGCAGUUUGAGAUUUGCACACCGGGAAGAGGCACCUAACUUUUUGAGGGGCAAACCCGGUUUUGGACUCAUUGCUACAGCUCAAAUACUAAGAUGGAGGAACUAGAAAGAUGCAAUGGGUUGUUGAAAUAAUAAAAGUAUGCCAUUCAAUUAUUUUUUUCCAGUUAAGCUUCUGGUUGACUUCUUAUCUAUUCUAUUUUGAUUCUGGAAACAAUUUGGCUCAUGCAUAGAAAAUGUGAGAAAAAUGCUGUUGUAGGAGCAGCAAUGUGCACAUGAUGCAGCAGCGAGUUGCUUCCUCUCUCAUCUGCCUUGAAUCGGAUACAGUGAGAAUUCCUUGUGUCUGGAACAAAUCACGACUUCCCGUAUGCUUGCUCAGUUGUUUGCUUGCAGCUUCUGGUUGUCACUGUUGUUCCCAAGGACCCACUGUUCCAGUUUCUUCUGCAUCUCACUCUGAAAUCAAAGCGGAUCUAAUUUUUAUUUAAAACUAAAUUGCUUUUCGUUAUGGCUUAGUGGACUGUAAUCUAGAUCUUGCUCCUGGUGCUGUUCCAGAGGUAACUGGCUUCCCUAUCUGCAUCUUUAUAAUACUUUUAUAAAUGGCUUCUCCUUUAAA